GCCGCCACAGACAUUUACGGACUUUGCCGGUGUCCAAAUUAGGGAGGUGUUUCUGGAUUUGGGUUUUGGUGUAGCUACGAUCAUUUGAAGUACAUUGCUUUCACGUCGGGUUAGAGGGCUUGGUUAUCAGGCUACUAGGAAUGGUCGUCCUCAUCCUAGGCCUGAUAGUACUUUUGAUCCUGCCAAUACUCUUUUUGUUUUGGAACAUAUCCCCCAGGUAUCUCGGGCGCCAUCCCCUUCAAAACCCGACUCACCGAGGAGGACACCCCGGCAUGAGUAUCAACCCCGAAAUAGGAAAGCUGUCCAAGUCAGUGGUUGACCGAAUCCCUCUCGCUACGUACAUCCCACCACCUCCGAAACCCAAGGUUCCCAGAGCGAUAUGUAACAUCUGUCCUCCGCCUCCCCCAGGUUCCAGUACUACCGCUUCAUCAAAACAGCGAUCUAGAUUCCUCAAAAUCAAAAAGAAAACAGCCGGUAAACCUCCAAAUAAACCGUCCACUCCAAGUAAAAGCAAAGGUAAGAAGCCUGAUGCUUCUGAGACAUGGGAAGACCACUGGGAGCAAGGGGGAUACCCUUUUGUCGUUUUGGAAGGCAAUCGUGCUACCUGCGCCAUUUGCUUAAUGGACUUUGAAGAGCCAAAACAAGUAGUAAGCACGUCGGAGAAAGACAAGGGGUUGUCACUCAAGGCGGGACGCUCACCUACACAUGGCAAUGCCGAGUUGAAGUUAGAAGAUGCCGGAGAUGGUGCGCAACCAUUAAGGCUCUUAGCAUGUGGACAUGUAUUUCACCCGACUUGUCUGGACCCCUGGUUAACUGGCGUCUCUGGUCGUUGUCCUGUUUGCCAAAGGGCCGUAAAACUUCCUGGACCUUCAUCAAAAAAGAAGAAGCGCAGCGGCUACUAAUGAAUUACUAUCUGUAUUGUACUGUAUCAUAUAUGUACUAUCAAGUUGCGACUGUGAGG